GGGGAGUGGCUGCAGGCUAAGCAGAGGUAGAGGCCAUGACAAUAUCUGCAGCAGACACACUCUCAACUGUCUGCACUUCAGCUGCAGUAUCUACUCAUCUCUCUUUAACUUAAUCAUGGACACCCACUUUUACAACCCAAACAUGGCCAGCAACUUAGGAUGCAGCAGAAAAAAUGAUGAGGAGCUGAGGAUAGUGAUAGUGGGGAAGACUGGUAUUGGGAAGAGUGCCAGUGGAAACAACAUUCUGGGACGACAGUGCUUUGAAUCAAAGUUCAGUGCCAAGUCUAUGACUGUAGAUUGUUCCAAGGGCAAAAGUGAGGUGAAUGGGCAACGGGUUGCUGUGAUCGACACCCCGGGCCUGUUUGACACCAGGUUUGGCAUGGAUAAAACUACUAAAGAUCUCUGCCAGUGCAUCUCUUACGCUGCUCCUGGACCCCAUGUGUUCCUGGUGGUCAUCAGGCUGGGCAGAUACACUGAAGAGGAAAAGCAGACAGUGCAAAGAAUUCAAGAAAUCUUUGGCCAGGCUGCAGACAGAUACAGCAUGGUCCUCUUUACUCAUGGUGACCUUCUUGAAGGCACAACUAUUGAGGAAUUCUGGGCGGACAGCCCGGACCUGCAGGAACUUGUGGACAGAUGUAAUGGCCAGUACCAUGUCUUCAAUAAUAAGCUGAAGGAUCGCUCUCAGGUCACUGAGCUGCUCCAGAAGAUCAGAGAUGUUGUCCAGAAGAACGGAGGAAGCCACUACACCAACCAGAUGUUCCAAGAGGCAGAGAGGACGAUUGAAGAGGAGAAACAACGCAUCCUGAAAGAGAAAGAAGAGCAAAUACGCAAAGAGAAAGAGGAACUGGAGAGGAAACUACAGGAAAAACAUGAUAAAGAGAUGAAGAAAAUGUAUGAACGACUCCAGGCUGAGAGAGAGAGGGAGAGGAGAGAGAGAGAGGAGGAAAGUAAGAGGGAGAGGAGAGAGAGAGAGGAGGAAAGUAAGAGGGAGAGGGAGCAGAUGAGUGAGGAGAGAAAGAGGGAGAAGGGAGAGAGAGAAAUGGAAAGAGAGAGAGAUAGAAAGGAGAGAGAAAAGGAGAUGGCAAACAAGAUGAAUAAGAUGAAAGAACAACAUGAGAGAGAACUGAAGGAAGAAAGAAAAAAGUUGAAGUCCAAACAUGAAAAGGAGGCAAGGGAGGAAGCAGAGGGGUUUAAUCCAUUAUAUCCUCUGGUAGCAGCUGGUGAACUGGUAUUGGAGGGUGGCCAAAAGUUAGUUUCAGGAAUAAAAAAAUUAGGAAGUGCAAUUGGGAGUUGGUUCUCUUGAUGUCUCAGGCAGUUCAACUACACAGAAACCCUCCACAGAAAUAUAAUCACUAUUCUCCUUUUUUGAUUAGCGCAGUGAAUGAUGAAGAAGCUAAUUGUGUUUAUCGAAGUAGAGCUAUAGACUCAAGCAUAUUCUCAUAUUGACAUCUUUUUUUAGGAUUUUUUAAAUAUGGCCUAAAUAUGUAUUCAGUGUGUAAGAUAACUUUUCAAAUUAUAACAUGUUUGCUCAUCAUUAACAUUUUAAGCAACAACACAGUUUGUCAUCAAAGCAUUCUUUUCACAAGUUAUGUAAUGAUGUAUGUGUUCAUAUUCUAAACUGAACUAGUAAUAAACAUGUGAUAUUAAGAACAAA